GCUUCCCCGCGAUAUUUUGUGACUGCCUGUCGGUGCGGUGCUCGUGUUGUUAGCCUGUGUUCUUCGGCUCCCUAGACCCGUCCAGGAAUAGGGAGCUCGAAAUGACCCGGUUGGGAUUGCGAUUCGUCGCAUCCGCAGUGUUCCUGGCCGGGAUAGCGAGUGGGCAAUAUAAUCAUACGUCAUGGUCGUACAAUCCUCCGCCUGUUGUUCCUCUCGGACGGGGUGAUAUCGGAAAACCGAACAAUACCGAUGACGAUUAUAAUAUUUCACCACGAUGGAAAACUUUUGUUACGAAUAACGAAGGUUCGGAUGAAGCGGACAGGCGGUACUUAAGCAAUCAAGGUCCGAUCGACGAUGAUCGAUACGAUUACGGUCAAAGAACCGACGAUUCCGGGGGAGGAUAUCAUACCAAUUAUGCCGGCUUCGAUCAAGGAUCGUACAAUCAAGGCCGAGAACAAAUCCCUUUGGAUCCUUACAAUCAAGAAUCUGGCGAUACUUACGGAAGGUCUCGAGGUUACGAGGACUCUUACGGAAGGGAAGGGGAGGGCAGCAGAGGUUCUUACGGGAAUGGAUACCGAGAAACUUAUGGAUCGAGGGACGAUUACGGACGCGUGAUAGAUCCUUACGACCAGCGCGGAUAUUCGCAGCGCGGAGGAGGGGGAUACGGCGCGGCUGGGGACGGUUCGGACACUUAUCCGAGCAGUUACACGGUUGUGCCGGUUCCGGGACAGAUCCCACCUCGGAAUUGUACCGGAUCGGCUUGCUGCGUGCCCAAAUGUUUCGCGGAGAAAGGCUCCAGAGGACCACCGGGUAUAUUAGGACCACAGGGGCCGAAAGGUCAGAGGGGAUUUCCGGGUGCGGAAGGUUUGUUGGGGCCAAAAGGGGACAAAGGUGAACCUGGUCCUCAGGGACCGCGUGGAACGAAAGGUGAUAGGGGUAAAAUGGGUGUACCUGGAUUCACUGGUAUCGCUGGUGUGCCCGGGGUUCAAGGUCCGCCCGGAGCUCCAGGUAUUCCGGGUCGUGACGGUUGCAAUGGAACAGACGGUGAGCCUGGUGCGCGUGGUUAUCCCGGAGAGGUUGGUCCCCGCGGUUUUCGAGGUCCUCCUGGGCUGAAGGGGCAAAAGGGUCAACCAGGUUUCGCCGGGAGAUUCCCCGUAGGUCAAAAGGGUGAGCCCGGUAUCGAUGGCGUGAGAGGGCCCCCAGGUCCACCGGGACCGCAAGGAGAGCACGGAUUUUCAGGACCGAAGGGCGAGCGUGGCUCACCUGGUCCGAUAGGGUUGCAAGGGCAAAAGGGAGAAAAGGGAAAUAUGGGUCUUGCGUUCGAGGGUCCGAAGGGUGACAAAGGUCAGAAGGGGGAGAUAGGACCUCCCGGAACGCCCGGCCCUCUGGAACCGUUCCAUGGAAUGACGGAAGAAGUAAUAGCUCCGCAAGGGGACCGUGGUGAAAAAGGAGACAAGGGUGAAAUGGGGCCGGACGGUUUCAAAGGAGAGCCGGGUCCAAUCGGAGAUCAAGGUAUUUCUGGUAGUCCGGGUAUGAAAGGAGAGAAAGGUCUUCCAGGGGCGCCAGGUAUUCGCGGUAGGGAUGGUUUCUCGGGUCCUCCGGGCCCACCUGGACGGAAAGGCGAUCGAGGUUACGACGGAUUGGACGGUCUUCNNGGUCGUCCUGGACAGAAAGGCGAACCGGGACGAGACGGGCCAAUGGGCGUUCCAGGCUUGCGAGGACCUCCUGGUCCACCCGGGGGUGAAAAAGGUGACAUGGGUCUCAUGGGUCCUCCUGGUUUACCGGGUCGCGAUGGCCAACCAGGAGCCAAAGGAUUCCCCGGUUUGCCGGGUGAGAGAGGCGAGAAAGGAGACGCUGGUUUGCGAGGACCACCCGGCCCCAUUGGACAGAAGGGAGAACCCGGAUUCCCUGGACCGAGCGGAAUAGAUGGAAUCCCCGGUGAGAAAGGCGAUAGAGGUUGGGACGGUGUGAGCGGGCUGCCCGGUCCGGUCGGAGAGAAAGGUGACAGAGGGUAUCCAGGUCCGGUAGGAUUGAUGGGUGCCGUCGGAUACGUCGGUCAGAAAGGCGACAAGGGUGACGACUGCAUCGAGCCACCGAUGGGACCGAAAGGAGAUCGCGGUUUCCCUGGAUCGGUCGGCCCGCCAGGACCGCCGGGGGAGAAAGGAGUUCCAGGUCCGCCAGGAUUCCCGGGAUCGAACGGAGUGAAAGGCGCGAUAGGGCUUCAAGGGCAGCCAGGGCCUGUCGGUUUGCCGGGUUUACCGGGACCUGUCGGCGCGCCUGGGUUACCAGGUCUUCAAGGGCCGGUCGGUGUUCCGGGUAUACCGGGAGAGCCGGGUCUACCGUGCGAGUCUGCAUCCGAUUAUCUUACCGGUAUCUUGUUGGUGAAACACAGUCAAAGUCAGUUAGUGCCUGUUUGCGACGCGGGGCACAUCAAACUUUGGGAAGGAUACAGUUUGCUGUUCACGGAUGGCGAUGAAAGGGCGCACUCGCAAGAUUUAGGUUAUGCCGGUUCGUGCGUACGAAAGUUCUCGACGAUGCCGUUCCUCUUUUGCGAUAUAAACAACGUUUGUCACUACGGUAACCGGGGCGAUCGUUCUUAUUGGUUAUCCACCACUAGUCCAAUUCCCAUGAUGCCUGUCCAGGAAUCGGAGAUAGAACAAUACAUCUCCAGAUGCGUGGUGUGCGAGGUUCCGGCAAAUGUGUUGGCCGUACACAGUCAAUCGUUGAAUAUUCCAGAUUGUCCACAAGGAUGGACUGGUCUUUGGAUCGGAUACAGUUUUCUCAUGCACACGGGCGCUGGUGCCCAGGGCGGAGGACAAUCCUUGUCCAGUUCCGGAUCCUGUCUCGAAGACUUCCGUGCAACGCCGUUCAUCGAGUGCAAUGGUAAUAAAGGACAGUGUCAUUAUUACAUGAACGAGAUCAGUUUCUGGAUGGCCACUAUCGAGGACAGACAACAGUUCCAAGCGCCUGAGCAACAGACCUUGAAAGCAGGCAAUCUCAGAUCCAAAAUAAGUCGCUGCCAAGUGUGUAUAAAGAACGCGUAAAUUCAUGCAAACCCGCGUGUCUAUUCUUCCCCACUUUUCUUUUUUCCCCGGGUUUUUUUUCCAUUUAUCUUUUCACUGCCCUCUUUUCCUUCUCCCUUUUUUUUUCUCUUCCUUGUUUCUUUUAAAACGGCGACAA